GGCCCGAUUAUGUCCGUCAGGGAAGCUGCUGCGCCAGGGUGCACGUGUCAACCCAACAGCCAAACGUUUUUUCCCUUGUUUAAUCGCUAUUCUCAUACACAUAGGUACUCCGUGCAGUACCUCCCUAGGUAGGCGUUACAUGCCUUGCCUGCCACCCACCCCCGACGCUGCCCUGCCCUGUCAGGCUGCCUGUCAAUAGGUACCUAUGUACGAGCAUUGUGUUCCUUCCCGUUUCUUUCCCUACCUUUCUUUGCCUGCAUACUGCGCGUCUGCAUGGGGCAGGGAGAGAAGUCAGAAGUGCUGCCGCCGCUCUUUUAACUUCUGCCUGACGGGAACUCGUCCAACAGUCCUCCACACCAACCCCAAAAGCCCCAUCGUGUUGUACACUAUCUAUCUCAUGAGUCUGACCCCCCCAACCUCCAGGUGAGUCGUCCAAACAACAAGGCGCAGGUACCUUGCCUGUCGAGAGCUGUAGUCCGAGUACUUCAGUUACAUCAUCAGCUCCCGCCCGUCGCAUCCUCAUCAACCAGUCGCAUCCUCAUCACCCUUCGUCUUCCGCUCCUUCAUUCGCCCACUCAUCAUCCGCCAAUCCUCCUCACCACCACCACCACCAGAAACAUAUCAGCCGUCUCCUAGCGUACACCCCUUCUCCCCACCCCGGCGCGCUUUCUCUCGGUCUCUCUCUCUCUCUCACGUAUCCAUCCGGCCUUGACUCACGCCUUGGCUUCAGCAGCCUAUAUCUUUCUGCCUUGAGUCUCGUUCUCGUAUGAUGAUGUUUUGGCGGCGGCCCGCACCCAAGAUACCCUAGAGUAUUAGUAGUUGUCGAUACCCCCCAACCCGACCGCUGCUUUGCAUCCCAGCGCUAGCCAGCCAUCUGUCUGAAGCCUUACUUUGGGCCACACGACAGACUCGCUUCAACGGCCGCAGCUUGCCAUUUGGCCAUCCAUCCAUUCAACCCAUCCAUCUGUUACCUGUCUGGCCUUGCCGUUCGUAUUACCCACCGAGUCGAUGCUCACCGUGCUCGACACAACACGCCUGUUGUCCGUCAGCACGCGCCACAUCCGUUAUACUUCUCCGACCCAUCCCAUCUCCACACUGUCGUCCCGGAACCUUCCUGCCCACAAAAACACCCCCGUUGGAUGUAGUGUAGACUUCGGCUCCGAAUGGCGACGGCGACCGCAGAGGCCGACUCGAAAGAGUCCUCUGCUCGACCUCAACCCCAGCCCCAGACUCGGCCUUCCGACCCGAAACCCUCAAACUACUAUGGCUAUCUGUUUAGCCCAGAAAAGGCACCGACGCCCAUCCUCGACUCGCUCCUGCGCGCCAUCGCCCUCCAUAUUAUCACCGACAUUGGCGACAAACAUGUCCAGGCCUUAACACCUCAGAAGCUGGCUGCCUUCUACAAGGCCGUUGGCGGCGACUAUGACUCCCUUUUCAUCGAAAUGCCCCACCCCGCCAUAUCAUACAUCUGGCAGGUUACAGGCUGUCAACACUCGAUGCAGCCCUCCGACAACGACUUCGAUGCCCCUUCCGUCCCGGCGUUGACAUUGCGUGGCUUCGUUCGAUGGGAGUCGAUAGAGAUUCUGCUGAGCCCCGAGGAGCAUGUGCCUUUCAUCCAGCAAGCCGUCAGGAGCUGGAACUUGAAGCAUCCCGAAACUGGCGAGCCCUUCCCUCCGGAUCUACCUGCAGAGGCUCUUCCUAGCCAGCCGGAUGCCGGGAUAGAGAAAUGGCACAAGGAAUGCGCCGAAAAGUUGAGGAAGGCUGCGUCGCCAAAGGACGAGCCUGCAUCUCCCAAGACUGCACCCGCCCGCCCUGUAGAGAGAGACGAGCCGAGGUUCAAGGCAGCCUAUGUGCACGUCCGCAAUCCCUAUCCCAAGGCAUCGCCCAAGCCGUCGCCCCCUCCUCGCGGCCCGCAGACAGACUACUUUGCCCCGCCCACCCGGCCUCCUGUAGCUUACAGCCAUGUCCCAGGCCAUCCUGCGAAUAGGUACCCCCCUUCGCGCCUAAACAUCCCGCGGACCCCAGAGCAAGAUCGAUCCCGCGGCCAGAACUCUCCGGACGACCGUCGUCGCCGUAGCUUCUCUGACUUCCCAUCUCCUCCGCACGAAGCCGCCCACGCCGCCUCCGAGCACCUGCAUCCCAACAGGCCCUCUAUGCAGCCUCGCAGACAUAGCCAGCCUCGACACUACUCGUCAUCGUCGACGUCCGAUUCCGACGAGCCGGCGAGUCCUCGAAGCAAGCGGAGGCCUCACACGCAUCAUUCCAACGAACCGCCGCCGCCGAGCUUCCGGCGCAUGGGUCCAGCGUCGGCGCCCCAGCCGCCACCAGCACCGCAUGGUCCGCCUCCAGGAACUCGUAUUCAUCGUGCGGAUCUAAGACCAGACGAUGCGCGUCGUCGCAGCAUACCCAUCGUAGAUGGCCUGAGGGAAAAGAUCACCGAAAAAGUGACGUCCAUCCUUCCCAAUGGCCGGUCACCGGAACGUCACCGAAGCACCUCUGGUCGCCGAAGCGACCCGCCUUCGCGCCGUAGCAAGGAGCAUCUUCCAUCAUCCAAGCUCCACCGUAGUUGGCCUGACAUCGGGUCGGAUGACUCUCAAGCGUCGGAUUCCGAGGAGGAGCGGCGGCGUCGGUUCAAAGCUCGAGAACGUAAAGAGAUGGAGGAGAGAGAACAGAGAGAGAGAGAAAGGGCGCGUGAGAGAGACCGUGAGAGAGACCGUGGCCGAGAUCGAGAUCGCAGGCGCGACCGGGAGCGAGACAGAGACCGAGAACGCGUUGUGAACUGGGAGAGGGAAGAGGACAUUGAAGCACGCCGACGGAGGGAGCGACACCUUGUGCGGCCCGAGGCGCAACGCCGAACAAGCAGCCAUGCUGACGUGGACCGGAUGCGAGGAAGGGGCGAGCCCCCAUGGGACGCUCGUGACCGUGAGUUUAGGGACGAUAGACAGCGGUGGAAGGAACGCGGGAGCAGCCCCGUCAUCUCUGGUGUAGGGGGGCGACAAUACCCAACCGGGCCGAUUCGGAGCUAAGCUCGGCAUGAAGCGGCGUAUCGACCAUGGUGAGUGGGUGAUUUUUAGUGAUUUGGGCAACAUUGGUUUGAAUGUACGGCUGGGCGUGAGGGCGUUUACGUUCCAUAGUUAGGUAGGUUUAUAUGGGGGAGGGUGGUUGGAAAACUGCACAUAAGAGUUGAGGCAUAAGAAGCACACGGCUACAACACUAAAUCCAACACUCAUGAUUUGAAUUGGGGUAUCAACGCUUAGCCUGUGGAAUAAAUAAAGCCAUGUCCC